GUUUUGUUUUGUUUUGUUUUGUUUUUGAGACAGGGUUUUUCUCAGUCCUGGAAAUAGCUCUUGUAGACCAGGCUGGUCUCGAAUUCACAGAAAUCCGCCUGCCUCUGCCUCCCAAGGCUCUAUUCUUGUGUAGCCCAGGCUGGCCCUGACCUCCUGAGUGCCGGCUGAGAGCAGCUGGGGUGACCUGUGGGCUGCCUGCAGCCAUCACAGAAGCCCUGCUUCUUUGCUCUGAGACCCCUGUGCGAGGCUAGCAACCCUCCUUGCCCUACUCUGUCCUUUUGUGGUGUUGAGAACCAAGGCCGGAGACACAGUGGGGCAUUAAGACUACGGUCAGAUGAGGGUCAGGUUGUCCCUGUAAGGGACACUCACCCCCACUGCCUCCAUCAAAUCCAAAGACCAGCUAGCCUGGGAGUCAGUGCCCUCUGGCCAGCCCUGCCACCCACUAGUGGCCAUUAUCAGCCCAGACCUCCUCAUUAGCAAUGUCCCAUCAUUGGGCUGUGUGUCUAGCUUGGCCCUGUCCAUCCCUCCACCCUAUUCCCAGCUCUUUCUUCUCCCAGACUGAGACCUCACAACCUGGAUCAGAGACCCCUCCCUGCCACACCCUGAGUUCUCUCUCUCCUGGGAGAGCCCUCAAGCCCUUCACCUUUCAUGCUUGGGUUGUUUUUGACUUCAGCUUCUUACUUGUUUCUGUUAUUCUCAGUCCUCCUGAAAUCGUGCCCUCUCGUUUCUUUUUAGCCUUGACUGUACUGGAACUAGCUCUGUAGCCCAGGCUGACCUUGUACUCAAGAUCUACCUGCCUCUGCCUCCUGAGUGCUGGCCAAUAGGUCUUUCUAAACUAGAGCUUACACAGCUGUAAAGAUUGUCCUUUCAGUGUCCAUUCACCAGCAUGGGAGGAUCAGGCGCUCCAGGUUAGCCUUGGCUGCAUAGAGUGCAUUUACAGACACAGGCAGCCCUCACCUCUCUCCAGUUCUAGAACACAUGUCUCCUCGGAGGAAAGCGUGUCCCCUGACAGGUUAUUCCAUCUCGUCCCCAGCCCUUGGAGUCCUACAUGGUGUGUGCUCUGUGUCCUCAAGGUUCCUCCAAGCCACAUGUGCUGGGGUCUUUCCUGCUCAUGCUGUGUGAUAUUCCCGGCUGUGGACCUGUGGACAAAGCGUCCUGUUCCCACCUUCCGUGCGCCGUGAUUCUCUACUGGGUGCUCCUAAUUUCCCCUGAGGAUCUAGAAAUGUGUUUGUGGAGUUAACUCCAAGCUAGUGAGUGCUUUGCCCUCUAGGAAGCUCCCUGGCUGCUUCCCAGAGUCCUUGGGCUUCAGUUCCCCACUCUCCUCAGCGAGUUCUGUUUUCAGUUUAUUGAGAUAGGGUCUUUCAUUGUAGCCUGGGCUACUCUCCCAAUCCUCCUGCCUCAUCCUCUCGGGGUGAUGACAAGGGUGCUCCACGGUGCCUGGCUUCACUCCGCUAACUAGAAUUGACACUUUGCUCAGUGCCUGCACCGGUCUGCAAUGCAGUGCAGGGGCUUCUGGGUAGGACUGAUGUUGCCAGGGUUGAUGAGGGCCAGGAACAUGAGUCUGCUCUGUCUGCUGCUUCUGGGGCCUUUGUCCUGGGUGACCAAGGGAGUGGUCCUGACAGGAUGGCCAGGGUUCUUGUCCCUGCAUGGGACCCUGCUUGCUGGGCUUCUCAGCCUUCUUCCCAGGAGCUCUGACCCCUCUUCUGGGGUACUUCAUCUUCCAACAGGAGAGGCCACAGUCCCCAGGGGCAGCUGUAAAUGACUGUAGCCCCAUGGGGGAAUCACACCACUGUGACCCCCAGCUCCUUCAGGGACACCAGGAAUGACCGUCUGUGGCCUGGGCUGAGGAAGCUUGAGGAUAAGGAUGCGGUUUGAUGAAGGGCUGGGGAGGCUCCGCUUAGCUUAAGGGAGGAAUAGAGGGGUGCCUUGGCCUCAGUUCUCCUAGCCCAACUUCUCACGGUGCCCCCCUCCAGCUCCUAAUUCCUGUCAUCCUCAGGGAGGAGGGUCACAGACAGGGUCUAGUGCUUCAGUAGUUCUGGGGAAACUGAGGCUUUGUCCUCUAACCCCAGUUGAACGCCCCAGGAGAAUAGGACCAGACCAGGCGCUGGGCCCGGCACGGUGCGCCUUUGUUGACAGCCCUUCUGGGCCGGUCCGCCCCCUACAGUAAUUCUCCGCACUCUGCCAGUAACUGCCCUGACUUACCAGGCAGGCAUCAUUUCCUGAAACUCAGCCCAGCCUUAGGGGAAGUCGGGAGCCGGUGACUAACCCUCAUGCAAAUGGGGCCAGCAGGAUCACUGCUGCCUCCAGCCCGACAGAGCUGCUGAGCCUGCGGCCACCGUGGUCAUGAGGCUGGUGCUCCCCGGCAGCUCUUCCAGGGAGACACGGCGGCCACUGCUCAGCGCCCCACACCCUGACCAUGUCGCAGCUGCGCUUCUGGCUGCAGUUCGCCGCGCUCAACAAGGACCCCUCAUGCCUCGAGGACCUCUCCAAUGCCUCCAUCUUCUCGUCUUCUGUGGAUUCCCUGUCAGACAUUCCUGACACGCCUGACUGCAUGCAUGUCGACAGCCUCAACGAGGUGUCCACCAUCUGGGAUGUCAGCACCACCUCAGCCACCCCUGGCAAGCUGUUACUGCCUAAUGGGCCAUUCUCGGCUCUUGAAGAUCCAGUAACCCCCCUCUCCAACACCCCUCUUCUCAUCAGCUACCAGUCACACAGCCAGCCUGAGGAGGAGGAGGGAGAAGAGGAAGAGGAAGCAGAAGAACUGGGCCAUGCUGAGACCUAUGCCGACUACGUACCGUCCAAGUCCAAGAUUGGGAAACAGCAUCCAGAUCGUGUAGUGGAGACCAGUACACUGUCCAGCGUUCCUCCCCCAGACAUCACCUACACCCUGGCACUGCCCACCUCAGACAACGGGACCCUAUCUGCUCUACAGCUGGAAGCUAUCACCUACGCCUGCCAGCAACAUGAGGUCCUACUGCCCAGUGGGCAGCGCGCUGGGUUCCUGAUUGGGGAUGGAGCCGGCGUGGGCAAGGGCCGCACAGUGGCUGGCAUCAUAGUGGAGAAUUACCUGCGGGGCCGGAAGAAAGCUUUGUGGUUCAGUGCCUCCAAUGACCUCAAGUAUGAUGCGGAGCGGGACCUGAGAGACAUUGAGGCGCCAGGCAUCGCGGUGCACGCAUUGAGCAAGAUCAAGUACGGUGACAACACUACCUCAGAGGGUGUCCUCUUUGCCACCUACUCUGCCCUGAUUGGAGAAAGCCAGGCAGGUGGGCAGCAUCGCACACGCCUCCGCCAGAUCCUGCAGUGGUGCGGUGAGGCCUUUGAUGGUGUGAUUGUGUUUGACGAGUGCCACAAAGCCAAGAAUGCCAGUUCCACCAAGAUGGGCAAGGCCGUGCUAGACCUGCAAAGCAAGCUGCCCCAGGCCAGAGUGGUGUACGCCAGUGCCACAGGUGCUUCUGAGCCCCGCAACAUGAUCUACAUGAGUCGCCUGGGCAUCUGGGGUGAGGGCACACCCUUCCGGACCUUCGAGGAGUUUUUGCACGCCAUUGAAAAGAGGGGAGUGGGCGCCAUGGAGAUUGUGGCCAUGGACAUGAAGGUCAGUGGCAUGUACAUCGCACGCCAGCUCAGCUUUUCCGGGGUUACGUUCCGCAUCGAGGAGAUCCCGCUGUCCCCCGCCUUCGAGCAGGUCUAUAAUCGGGCGGCUCGGCUGUGGGCUGAGGCCUUGAGCGUGUUCCAGCAGGCGGCCGACUGGAUCGGCCUGGAGUCUCGCAAGUCCCUGUGGGGUCAGUUCUGGUCAGCGCACCAGCGCUUCUUCAAGUACCUGUGCAUUGCAGCCAAGGUGCAGCGGCUGGUGGAGCUGGCCCAGCAGGAGCUGAGCCAGGACAAAUGUGUAGUCAUCGGUCUGCAGUCUACAGGAGAGGCACGGACCCGCGAGGUGCUGGAUGAGAAUGAAGGGCGCCUGGACUGCUUUGUCUCAGCUGCAGAAGGCGUCUUCCUGUCGCUCAUUCAGAAGCACUUCCCUUCCACCCGGAGGAGGCGAGACCGGGGAGGCGGAAAGAGGAAAAGGCGGCCCCGGGGGCGCGUCCCCAAGGCUCCCAGACUGGCUCUGGAGGCAUCAGGAGUGAUCCGUAUUAGCGAUGGCAGCAGCACAGAGUCAGAUGCUGGCCUGGACAGCGACUUCAAUUCAUCCCCAGAGUCCCUGCUAGAUGACGAUGUGGUCAUCGUGGAGGCCCCCACGCUCCCCACAGAUGACCGAGGUCCCCUGUACCCACUUCAGAGAGACCAGCAGGGGCCUGGUGUCCUGGACCGGGUAGAACGGCUGAAACAAGGCCUGCUGGCCAAGGUGCGCACACUGGGCCGGGAGCUGCCGGUGAACACAUUGGACCAGCUCAUCCACCAGCUUGGGGGUCCUGAGUGUGUGGCUGAGAUGACUGGCAGGAAAGGCCGUGUAGUGUCCAGGCCUGAUGGGUCGGUGGUCUUUGAGUCCAGAGCAGAACAGGGCCUGUCCAUCGACCAUGUGAACCUCAGGGAGAAACAGCGCUUUAUGAGCGGCGAGAAGCUUGUGGCCAUCAUCUCUGAGGCCUCCAGCUCCGGUGUCUCCCUCCAAGCCGACCGCCGGGUCCAGAACCAGCGACGCCGGGUACACAUGACCCUGGAACUGCCUUGGAGCGCAGACCGCGCCAUUCAGCAGUUUGGUCGCACCCACAGGUCCAACCAGGUCUCAGCGCCCGAGUAUGUCUUCCUCAUCUCGGAGCUGGCCGGGGAGCGCAGGUUCGCCUCCAUUGUGGCCAAGCGGCUGGAGAGCCUGGGUGCCCUGACCCACGGAGAUCGCAGGGCCACCGAGUCCCGAGACCUGAGCAAGUACAACUUCGAGAACAAGUACGGCACCCGCGCUCUCAGCCGAGUCCUCACCACCAUCCUGGGCCAGACGGACAGCAGGGUGCCCCUGCCCCAGGGCUACCCGGGAGGGGAUGCCGCCUUCUUUCGUGACAUGAAGCAGGGCCUGCUCUCUGUGGGCAUUGGUGGCCGUGAGUCGCGCACUGGCUGCUUGGAUGUGGAGAAGGACUGCUCCAUUACCAAGUUCCUGAACCGCAUCCUGGGGCUGGAGGUGCACAAGCAGAAUGCUCUGUUCCAGUAUUUUUCUGACACCUUUGACCACCUCAUCGAGAUAGACAAGAAGGAGGGCAGAUACGACAUGGGCAUUCUGGACCUGGCCCCUGGCAUCAAUGAGAUUCAUGAAGAAAGCCAGCAGGUGUUCCUGGCACCUGGGCACCCACAGGAUGGGCAGGUGGUCUUCUAUAAGAUCAGUGUGGACCGCGGCAUGAAGUGGGAAGAGGCGCUCACCAGGUCUCUGGAACUGAAAGGCCCCUAUGACGGUUUCUACCUCUCCUACAAGGUACGAGGCAGCAAGAUGAGCUGCCUCCUGGCGGAACAGAACCGCGGUGAGUAUUUCACCGUCUACAAGCCAAACAUCGGCCGACAGAGCCAGCUGGAGACCCUGGACAGCCUGUGCCGCAGGUUCCACCGGGUCACCGCGGAGGAGGCCCGGGAGCCUUGGGAGAGCACCUAUGCCCUGUCGCUGGAGCACUGCAGCCACACCACCUGGAACCAGCGCUGCCGACUGGCACAGGAGGGCAAGGGCUGUGCCCAGGGCCUGCGCCUCCGCCACCACUACAUGCUGUGCGGGGCGCUGCUGCGCGUGUGGGGCCGCAUCGCCGCCGUCAUGGCAGACGUCAGCAGCAGCAGCUACCUACAGAUCGUGCGCCUCAAGACCAAGGACAAGAAGAAGCAAGUGGGCAUCAAGAUCCCUGAGGGCUGCGUUCCGCGCGUACUGCAAGAGCUGCGGCUGAUGGAUGCCGAGGUGAAGCGCCGCAGCACCCAUGGGCUGGCCGCGCGUCCACCCACUCCACGCGCCAUCGCGCUUCCCUGCGGUCCUGGUGAGGUGCUGGAUUUGACCUACAGUCCCCCGGCCGAGGCUUUCCCGCCACCUCCACGCUUUGCCUUCCCUUCGCUUCCGCCUCCCGACCCCAGUUCUCUGAUGCUGGGCGCAAGAGACCCUGCAACCAACCCCGCAGAGCUGGCACACCAGGGCUGCGACAUCAAUUUCAGGGAAGUGUUGGAGGACAUGCUCCGCUCUCUGCGCGCAGGGCCCACCGAGACCCCUGCGCCUCUGGUGGGCAUGGGUGGUGGGGGUACAGAGCGGCAGAGCGUCAUCCACUUCAGCCCACCCUUCCCGAACUCGUAGGCGGCCACCAUGGCCCCUGGAUUACAACUGUCCUGGGCAGCAAGGCCCACACCGGCUCCUCUGCGAGCAAAGAGGUUCCCAUGACUACUGAGGGCACCUGGCCGCAGUGCCUUACCCGCCAGCUGGGUGCGGGGCCUCUCCUGCUCUGCUCCACACGCCCAGCCUGGAGGCCGUGGGGCUUGGUGGUCCCAGAGAGCUGGUAACUCAGGAAAUCCGGUGCUGAGACCCCGCCAUCUAUGGGGACUCCACGGGGCAGAUCCCGUUAAUAUAUGCAAUCCCCUCCUCCCUAAAUUAUUGUUACCCGCCACUUCCCAGCCCGGGAACCCGUGGGCAGCUAGCGGGCCCUGGUUUCUAUGUAUUUAUAAUGAACUCUGGUGUAUAUAUGUAAAGACCUUUUUUAAAAUAUAUGCGCCUUUUGCCUA